GCUGUCGUCAUCGCGCUAACGUGCUGAGCGUGAGGAGGGACGGCGCGCGCUGGGAGCAUGGCGUCUCGGACAGGGAGACCGGAGCACCGCGCACCGCCUGAUGUGUUUUACAAUGAGCAAGAAGCAAGAAAAUAUACCCAGAACUCUCGUAUGAUUGGAAUCCAGACACAGAUGUCAGAAAGAGCCGUUGAGCUACUAAAUUUACCUGAAAACCAACCUUGUUUUUUGUUGGAUGUUGGGUGUGGUUCAGGAUUGAGUGGAGACUAUCUCACAGAAGAGGGACAUUACUGGGUUGGUUUAGAUAUCAGCAUUGCCAUGCUUGAUAUCGCAUUGGAGAGAGAGGUGGAGGGUGAUCUCAUUUUGGGGGACAUGGGUCAAGGAGUCCCAUUCCGGCCUGGUACUUUUGAUGGCUGCAUCAGUAUUUCUGCCCUCCAGUGGCUGUGCAAUGCAGAUAAGAAAAGUCACAGUCCUCCUAAGAGGUUGUACAAGUUUUUCAGCUCCUUAUAUGCCAGCCUGGCUCGAGGAGGUAGAGCUGUGUUUCAGAUGUACCCUGAGAACUCAGAGCAGCUGGAGUUAAUCACAGCGCAGGCAAUGAAGGCUGGUUUCACAGGAGGGAUGGUGGUGGACUAUCCCAACAGCACCAAAGCAAAGAAAUUCUUCUUGUGUUUGUUUGCUGGAGUCUCAGAUAGUUUACCAAAGGGCCUUGGAACAGAAGAGGUGAAGCAACAAACAGAGGUGCAGUUCACGAAUGCUAGGAUGAGACAUAGAAAUAUGAAGGGAAAAUCAGCGAAGAAAAGUAGGGACUGGAUUUUGGAAAAGAAAGAACGGCGAAGGCGUCAGGGGAGAACUGUUCGAGAUGACACAAAAUACACUGGAAGGAAGAGGAAGAAUCAUUUUUAGGAUGGAUAUUGCUGAAGUGGUCACUGCUUCAAUUAUACAGCUUGGGAUGGCUUGUUCCUUGGUUUUAUCUGUGUGCCUUUUUAUAGAUCUCAGAUUAUUGUGUUUAAGGGUUCAAAACGCAACCCUGAACAAUGAUGAUUAGCAAACUCCAGAUGGACUUGAGCUGUAUGGGUGCCGUGACGACUUACAAAGCUUUUUGGUUUUGAAUGUGCAUAAAGUGUGCAUUGUUUCAAUACUCAAAUGUUAGUGCAGGAUGCUUCCCACUUCCUGUUCCAACCUGGCUCCUUUCACUUCAACACAUUCUGAGGUUUAAAUUCAUGAACAUCUUUCCAGCUUUAGGUUGUAGGAGAGAGAAAGACAAUUGCUUUUUCCUCCACUUGAAGAUGCUUUCCCUAAUGACUUUAAUAGGCAGGGCUGAUCAGCCUCACCUGAAGGAUGUCCACUUUAUGAUCAGUAGGUUAUGAAAAUAGAACUGCAAUUCGGAGAAGCUGUUUAUGCAGCGUCCUAACUGUCAUCCAGUUUGCCUGACAAGCUUAUGAAGAGAUGAGGAACAGAGAAGGAAUUUCCCCACGAAAAUUCAUUUGUAUGUAUUGUGAUAAAGCAGAGAUGUUACUGUAGAUAAUUACUAAAAUAGUUUUUUNCAGUGAAUAAUGGCAUAUAAACUGACAUUAAAAAAUUUAAAAAGCAAAGCAGAAAUUUUUUUUCAGACGUUUACCAAUGUUUUGUAAGUUGGAUAUUGAACCAGAAAUAAAACUAGUUUCAGGAUUCAUUAUUUCAAUUCAACAUUGUAACUUCCAUUCAACAACCAUCAAGAGUUUGUCAGGAUUCCUUGCACAGUUCUCUCAAGUGUUUUGCUCAGUAAGGAGAAUCAAGACUUUGUUAGAAAUUAAUGUGCAGCUAAAUGUAAAAGAAUUUACAGAACUUUUAAAACUACAGACUCCUUUCAAUCAGUAUGGAUUAAUAUAAUUGACACUGAUUGGAAUUGGUGGGCAGAUGUAAAAUAAAGCCCAGGGUUUUGUAAAUCUUUAUAUUUCUGUGAAUAUUUGUCCUCUCUGGGAUUUGCACCUAAUUGGUGUUAGCCUCAGACUGCACUGGACCUUUGUGGAUCUCUUGUGUAUAAAGUUUAAAGAAUGUAUUCUAUUCUCCCACUGUUCAGUAAUAUUUCAUUAUUUACUUGUUAUUUGCAGGGUAUUAGCUUAUAUCUAGAUUCAGCUGAUCUGAGUUGUUCCUCUCAACCUAUGUUACAAUUUUACAUUAUUAAAGAGAAAACUAAAUCAUGGAAAAA